GGGGUCUAUUUGGCGAGGAAGAUGAGCAUGUCAGCGUUGAGAACGCCUUCAGGUACGCCAUCUACAGAAUUAACCACGAUCGUGAACUGCUAGCAAGCACCAAACUUGUCUAUGACAUACAAACUCUGCCGGUACAGGACACGUUUGCUGCCUCCAGGAAAGUCUGCCUGCAGGUGGAACAAGACACGAUCGCCGUGUUCGGACCUCGCCACCAAGAUCUAGCAGCUUACGUGAACUCACUGAGUGACGCCACUGUCCCCAACAAUAUCCCCGUGCAUGCACUCACUCUCAACCUGUACCCAGGGUUUCAGCAGGUCGGCAUGGCAUACACGGACCUCAUCAGCUACUACGGAUGGACAGAGAUUCUCAUCGUCUAUGGGACUGCUUAUGGGCUGAGUAGGGUGCAGAGAGUUUUGCGUGGAGAUUAUGGAUCGUUGGAAGAAAUACUUGUCCGUCAUAUUGACGCCUCCAACAUGAGACGAAUUCUGAAGGAAGCCAAAGAGAAACGAUGGAAGCGAAUAUUGGUGGAUCUGACCGUGGAUGAGACUUGUUUAUUUUUGAAAAUGGCGCUGCAAGAAGGAAUGAUUGACCCCUAUCAUCAUUACAUCAUUACAAAUUUGGAUAUAGAAUCGAUCGAUAUGGAGGACUUCCGGCACAACUACGUGAACCUCACCGGGUUCCGAUUGGUUGACCCCAGUGACCCCUACGUGAGGAAGAUCAUUCAUGACAUGGAGAUCUAUGAGAUGCAGACGGACCUGAGUUUGUUGAACACUACGGGUUAUCUGUCCCUGCCGGUGAGUAUCUUUGUGGGUUUGAAUGUGUGUGGUGUUUUCUUUUUCUUCUUCUUCUUCCUUUUCUUCUUCUACUUCUUCUUCGUCUUCUUCAGUUAG